AUGUCAGACCGGUUCCCGCCUGUUAGCCCCGCGACGCUCACUCCAGAGCAAAAGCCAAUUCACGACUUCUUAGUUGAUCGGAUUUUACUACAUUUCCAAGAUACGUUCACUACUCGUGACGAGAAUGGUGCUUUGGUCGGCCUUUUCACCCACUUCCUCUACCUUCCAUUGUCAGUAGUAAGUGGGUACGCGGCAAAUUAUAAAGCACUAGGGGAUAUCUCAAGCUUUCCGUUGAAAUGCCGCGAGAUCGCGAUUCUAACGGUUGGGGAGCACUUCGGGGCCCCAUAUGAACUUUACAGCCAUUCUAGAGUUGCAAAGCAAGCGGGGCUAUCCGAUAACCAAGUUCGAGAUAUCUUAGAAGGAAGGCUACCUUCGGAAGGUACUGAACAGGAGAUUCUCUCUUGGGAAAUGGCGCGAGAGUUGAUUGGGGCAGGGGGGGCUUUCAAAAAAGGACAACUCUCAGAGAGUUUGUGGAAUAGAGGCGAGAAGGCAUUUGGAAAAGAAGGCCUGGGAGCCCUCAUUCAUUAUAUUGGUUUCUAUGCCUAUACAUGCAUAAUUCUGAAUGCGGGAGCAAUCUUAGUACCACAGGGGGAAAAAAUCUGGCCAAUGUCUCGUAAAUCUACUAUGCCUAUAUAG